AUGAAUUCGGCUCUCGCACCUCCGUCUACUCUCACGAGCCUCCCUCAUCAGAAACUCCAUUCCUUCCGAUCACCACCGUCGCUUCCAUCUUCAGCCUCUAUGACGACGACGACGGCACGAGGGAGCCUAGCCGUGACGGCUGCUGCGACCACCACGCUGAGAGAAGGAAUAGCUGAGUUCUACAACGAGACGUCUGGUCUGUGGGAGGAGAUAUGGGGAGAUCAUAUGCAUCACGGGUUUUACGAUCCUGAUUCCUCCGUCCAACUCUCUGAUUCUGGUCACCGGGAAGCUCAGAUCCGUAUGAUUGAAGAGUCUCUCCGUUUCGCCGGCGUUACUGACGGGGAAGAAGAAGAAGAAGAGAAAAAGAUAAAGAGAGUGGUGGAUGUUGGUUGUGGGAUCGGAGGAAGCUCAAGAUACUUAGCCUCUAAGUUUGGAGCCGAGUGCGUUGGCAUAACACUUAGUCCUUUUCAAGCCAAAAGGGCCAAUGAUCUUGCAGCUGCUCAGUCUUUAUCUAAUAAGGUGUCGUUCCAAGUUGCAGAUGCAUUGGAUCAGCCAUUUGAAGAUGGGACAUUCGAUCUGGUUUGGUCUAUGGAGAGCGGUGAACAUAUGCCUGAUAAGGCCAAGUUUGUGAAUGAGUUGGUGCGUGUGGCCGCUCCUGGUGGAAGGAUAAUAAUUGUGACAUGGUGCCACAGAAAUCUAUCCCAAGGAGAAGAAGCAUUGCAGCCAUGGGAGCAGAACCUCUUGGACAGAAUCUGCAAGACAUUUUAUCUCCCCGCCUGGUGCUCUACCUCUGAUUAUGUCCAGUUGCUUCAAUCCCUCUCACUCGAGGAUAUUAAAUAUGCAGAUUGGUCAGAUAACGUAGCUCCUUUCUGGCCAGCCGUUAUUCGAACUGCGUUAACCUGGAAGGGACUUGUGUCUUUGCUUCGCAGUGGUAUGAAGAGUAUAAAAGGAGCCUUGACAAUGCCAUUGAUGAUCGAAGGAUUCAAGAAAGGUGUCAUUAAGUUUGGUAUCAUUACUUGCCGGAAGCCCCUCUAA